AUGGAUCCCAUAACUAUGCAGAUGAUGGGCAGAAAUGUUCCAACGCCGCAUCAGCAGCAAUGUCCGGCGCUGGCGCCAGCGCCGGUACCGGCACCGGCUCCCACUACAUCCACAACGAGACUGCGGGCAUCCGCGCCUGCCUUUGUUCCCAAGUCCUCUACAAUUCCCGCAGCGUCACUGCCACCUACAUCUAUUCUGCAACCUCCAGUGGCAGUUCCGCCGCCGGUUCUCGCUCCGCAGAAGACGCAGCAGUACGUGGACCCAAAUGCAGCGGUGGGGAGUGACUCACGGCAGUCGCCGGGCUCAAAGGCGCUCUCGCUGAGUGCGGCUCCGUACACGCCAACAAACCCGAAAGUGGCGGCAAGGUUCCCUUCCUCUCAGCCAUCGCCGGGAGCCCCGAAUCCAGACUUGAAGGAGACGGUGCAGACGCCGGUUCCAGAGGCGAUGCAGACACCGACCCCAAAUACGGCGCAUGUGGAGCCUCAGCAGGAAGAACAACGAGCUCAAGAGGAGCAAGAAGUGAAAAAAGACCAGUCGCCUCAGGCACAAAAGGUGCAGACGCUAGGAAUUGCCAAUCGAUUGGACCCCACUGUGCAAGAGGGUUCACUUGGUUCCGUCUCCGUGACGGAUGAAAAUAGUAGCAUUCCUUUUCAGCAAACUGGCGCUUUAGGCGAGGCAGUGGAGAAUGACUUUAGCGGCUCAGGCCUCCCCAGCGUUUUUGAGGUAAGCGUUCUCGCCAAGCCCCCUCCUGUGGAACUGGUACGGUUUAACACCGUCUGGGCACUAUACGCUGACGAUCACCCAACCCCGUUUGGGGCUCCACUAGCUUACGAUCCCGUCCUUGUCCAUUUGGUUGGGGACGUUGAGUGUUUCUGGCGCCUUUGGCGAUACCUACCACCCCCGUCGGCGUUGGUACCCCCCUUCACAUAUCACUGGUUUCGUCGGGACAUUAAGCCCAACUGGGAGCACGCCCGCAACAAGAACGGGGGCACCAUCACCAUCGUCAUCUUUGACCGCGACAAGCCAGGACACAACAGCAAACAGACGAUGGAUGACGCCUUUAUGACGAUGCUUAUGGCCUGCUGCGGGGAGACACUCGCGGAGAGCACAACGAACCUCAACGGCGUCAUGCUCAAGGUGCGACAGAACAAGCCCACAACGGUGCAGAUAUGGACGGCGAACUCUGACCAGCGGAAGCUUAAGGCUAUGGCCGUCAGCCUCAGAAGCCUGCUAGAAAAAGUCAUCGGCGCAAAGCCGAUGCAGAAGCUGGAGUAUUUUUCCCACCAGCAGACGCAGGUGGGCGCGGCGGGUGCGACGGCGGGGCGAAUGCGGGGGAAACCUACAAGAAUAACACCGGACUUCACAUUGUAA